ACCCAAAUAAUAAACAGAAUCAAUAUGAAAACGGGACACAGUAUUGAAGGGGUUAAUGAUAAGGUUUGCUUGUAUGUUUGCUUUAUUUAUUUUCUUCUAUGUGAUAACUCCUUACACAGGUUCACCUUAUACGAACGCUCUCUCGGGAGCCAUCCUUAGUCUGCAGGAGAAGGGCAAACUGCAAGCACUCACGACGAUGUGGUGGAAGAGGAAAAAGGGAGGGGGGCAGUGUAAAAGUGACGAGUCGAAGAGCUCCUCCAAGGCCAAUGCACUCGGCCUGAACAACGUGGGCGGCGUGUUCGUGGUGCUGCUGGCCGGCAUGGGUCUCGCCUCGGUGGUCGCCGUGUGUGAGUUUGUGUGGAAGUCAAGAAAGCUGGCCACGGAAGAACACGUAAGUGUCUACGUAUGGACUCCAGUUCAAAUGGAAGAUGUGUAGUCUGUUCAUCGUCCGUGUGCUGGGAUCAUGUGGCUGUGCUGUCAUGUCUGUUCAUUUCCUUUUCGUUGAGUAGAAAAGAGAGAAAAAAAAGUAAAAAUAAAAGAAGAAAAGAAAAACUCAUUGCUUCGCCCCCAUAAACCUAAAACAUAUAAUCUUAAUUCAGAUUUCAGGAUUAACUUUUGCUUCCAAACAUUGAGUCAUGUGUACGCCUU